UAAUACCUCAUGUUUUAUGCGCAGAGUUGUAUGCGCAGAAAACUCGAGUAUUCUACGCAGAAAACUGAGCGAGGUUUUCUGCUGCAUAAAACUCCUCUUAUGCAGAAAACCUCCUUUAAGUGAAAAUGUCAAAUAUAGGAGGAAGACCUUCUCAUGAUUAUUAUAUUGAAGGUGAAUUUAUGAGGGUCAGAGAAAAUGGAAAAUAUUUUGCAAUUUGCAAAUUAUGCAAUACAAGGUUGUGCACUACUGCAGUAAAACGCCUGAAAACUCAUCGGGUAAAGUGUUCAACGAACAGCAAUGACAUUAAUGAAAAUGAUCUUGGGAAUAAAAGAAGUUAUAGCAGCAUCGAUGGUAAAAAUGAAGAUGAAUUAUUAGGCAAUAAGAAAUUAUUAGGCGAAUAUGAUGUUGUUGCGGGCAAAUGUAUAUUGGUAUUGCUAUAUAUACUUAGACGCAAACAAUAUUUUUUGUAUUGGCAGAGGAAUUUUUCCAGCCAUCAAUUAAAAGUACAGAUUCUGUAUUCUUCAAAGACUCUUUUCUAGCGGGAAUCAUCUUUGUAUGAAAUUUAUCCAAGAUACUUGUAGAUAAAGUCUUCCUUGUCGGCAGUUUAUAAGUCGGAUUUAAAAUAGAUAUAAAAUUUUUAAAAUGUACCGAUUCUACGACAGAAAACGAUAUAUUACAACCGAAAAAAAAUUUGGUCAAUGCUUCGUCAAUAGUAUUGAGGCCGUCGUUAGAAGAUUUUUGCACAUUAUCCGACGCAGUCUGGGCUGGGUAUCGUUGAGUGAUGAGUGCAUCUACAAAAAGGCAUAAACAUAUUUCAUUUGAAAUUUAAUAUUUAGAUUAUAGUUAAAGCCUAAUUUGAAAUACAUGAGUUGACUUACAUUA